AUGGACGACGAGCACAACCCAACGGCGAGCAGCCACAGCGACGCAGCGGAAGAUGAAGACUUUGCAAGAAUCAUGCGCCAGGCGCAAAUGGGGGCGGCGGAAGGCGAAGAAGACUUGUUAAGUGGCAUCGCCUCGCGUCCACUUGAGGCUGGCGAGAAGGCGGAUGAUGCCGUGGAUUACGAGGAUAUUGGCGAUGAUGAUCUGCCUGAAGAAGAGUUUGAGUCUGGCGGAGGCGAUGACGACGCCGGUAUCAACUUUAGCGGAACCACAAUGCAGGACUCCGGUGGCACACUCGAUAACGGCGACGUGGAUAUGGAUGAUUUGUUUGGCGAUGGCGAUGCACAGGACGACCUUUUUGGCGAUGACCCAGAUCAUUCAGAUCCUACACGGGAAAAUACACAGCACAAGGACGACCCACUCACAUCCAUCGAGGAUCUAGUCCAAGAAGGCUUCAACGUGGCUGGUCAGGACAAGUCGCAACAGAGCAGCCGCACCAAUGCACAAACGGCGACUCAGGAGGAAGAGGAAGAGGAGGAAGACCCGGAAGUGCGUGAACAGCUGGCCCUCUUCGCCCAGUCUCUUCGCAAGAAGGAUGAGUUAGCGGAUGCACCUAAGAAGACAUCAAGAGAGGAAUUUGAGAAGAUUUGGCCCAACUUUGAGGCAGACAAACCGCCACGUUUCUUCAGUCUCGUACCGCGAAAACGCGCCUUUUACAUCCCAAAAGUUCCGCCAAAGGCACCAAGGCCGUUCCAAAUGAACAAACUUACUCUGGACAUCGCACCAGAUCAGGAGAAGAGUUUUCGAUUACAUCCCACGACCACCGCCAAGUCCGGCCGGCAACAAGAGGAGGAGCAAGGUGGAAUCAUACAAAUCACGAGCACUGCAGAAGAUGAUGGUGAUGGGAACGAGCAGAUGGAUUUCGAUCACUUUGAUACGAUUGACGAUCACGAAAUGAUUGGCAAUGUAUCAUGGAGCGACCUUAGAAUCGCCUGUGAGGACUGGGAAGUUCCAGAUGACUCAAACGCUGCAAUCCUUUCCGAGAACGGUCAAGCACCAACUCCACCUGAUAGUGUCAAUGCUGGGCAGUCACCGAGCAAGAAACGCAGACUCGGAGACCACGACCAGUCCAUCCAGUUUUCUGUGUACGAUCACAUGGAUUUGCCCACUUGGGACGAUCCUGAGCUGGAGACGGCAAAGCUGUCAAAGAAGAUUCUCCUGGACAUGAAUGACCCUCAUCUCCUGCUGGAUGUACAACAGCCGAGUGCAGAGCCUCCAAAGCCUCGAACAUUGGGCCUGGGACUCAAGCGCGAUAGUCGCGGCAGUCUUGCAAACCCUAUGUUCAAGCGCUACAAUAUUUCUAAUGAUGAGGCAUAUGACGCGCUCAAAGAAAGCAGCCAACAGAAGGUCCGUAGUACUAUUGGACACAUGAACGUUGAGCACAGUCUGCCCGCACUCAAGUUGCAAUAUCCUUUCUACAAGGUUGCACUUUCCGAUCGCGAGCUUCGAUCUUUCCAUCGGCCCACCAUUACAUUCAAGCCUGGUGAGCGAGCCAGUAUCUCGUCACUCAAGUCAGUCAAAAGAAAGCACAAGAAAAACCUCAAGCCAUCCGAGGCCUUCGCUACCGCAGAAGACCUCAACAUUGGUGAUAACUCAGAUCUCCUCCUCGCUGAAUACUCGGAAGAGUACCCUACCACUUUGUCCAACUUUGGCAUGGGCAUCAAGAUUCUCAACUACUACCGGCGGAAAGAUAUGGAAGACACAGCACGUCCGAAACCGGAAGAUGGAAUUGGGGAAACUUCGAUCCUGCUACCACAGGACAAGAGUCCUUUCUCUCUGUUUGGCCAAGUCGAGCCAGGCCAGCAGGUACUAACGCUCCACAACGCCAUGUAUAGAGCGCCAGUGUUCAAGCACAAGCCUGAAGAGACCGAUUUCCUCGUUAGCAGAAGCUGGACUGGGGUUAAUGGCCCCAGGUACUACAUGCGGACUAUUCCCAACCUUAUGGUGGUUGGUCAGCAGUUCCCAUCCGUCGAGGUGCCUGGUACACAUGCCCGAAAGGUUACUGAAGCAUCGAAGAAGCGACUCAAGAUGCUGGCGUUCAGAUUGUACCGAAAAGGACAACAGAGAGGAGCGCGACAACCUUGGGUUAGUAACGAGAUGAUCAAGCAGCAUCUUCCCGGUACUGAAAUUGCGCAAAAUCGCUCUCGAAUGCGCGAGAUCAUGAAGUACCAAAAGGACAUAGGUACUUGGGAGCCUGUGCCUGGCGAGACUGUGCCUGAAGAGCCAAUUUUGCGCACUUGGAUAAAGCCGGAAGACGUUUGUCUUAUUGACUCCAUGCAUGCUGGUGACAAGCAGCUUCAGGACGCCGGUAUCAAGUCGAAUGAGAUCCGUGAUGACGACGAUGAAGCAGACAACGAAAACGCCGAUGUCAAGUUGGCGCCGUGGAACACUACGAAGAACUUCUUGAAUGCAUGUGCCGGCAAGGCUAUGCUGGAGCUUCAUGGAGAAGGUGACCCUACUGGACAAGGCUUGGGAUUCAGUUUCAUCAAAGUCUCGAUGAAGGGUGGCUUUAGGGAUGUUGGUGAGAGUGCCGCUGAUCGACUUGAUAGCAAGAAGAUGAAGGAACUCGGCGGUCACAGCUACAACGUACAGCGCCAGCAGGUUAUGUAUGAGAACGCUAUCAAGCGUAUUUGGAACAAGCAGAAGGAGAGUCUAUCUGCUCAGAACCCGCCUUCCGAUACCGAGGACGAUGUCGACACAGCCGUGCCCCGCAACAAUCUCCCACGUCAACGUUCUGAGAUGGGAACGCCAGCUACAAUGCGGCAUGACGAUGAAACAAUGUCGCAAAUGUCUCGCAAUAGCAAUGCAGACAACCGCGGCAAGAAGCUCAAGAUCACACGAACCAUCAAGAACAAGUACGACGAGUACGAGGACGUCACAGAAAUCAUCACAGAUCCAGCUGUCAUUCAACUCUACAUCAAGCACAAGCGCCAAGAGCGUCUGCUGAACAUGCGUAUCGAAGACAUCAAGCCCACCGGCGACCCUGAAGUAGACAAGGCUCAGCAAAUCAAGCUCAAGGCCGAGCUUGCCCGUCUCGCCCGCAACAUAGAACGUCGUGAGGGUCGAGAAAAGGCAAAGGGCCUACACAAAUCACAGACAGGCGAAGGAGGCGUAACCGGUGGUCCAGGAAAGGGGGGAGCAACACCUCGCAAGUGCGCUAACUGCGGCGAGGUGGGCCACAUCAAGACGAACAAAAAGCUCUGUCCUCUCCUCAAUGGCCAGAGGAAACAAAACGACACUUUCAAAGAUGCGAAUGCUGCAUCACCGGCUACUGCGACUGUUCCUGCCACUCCUUCUUUUGCUGGUUCACCGUCUUGA